UUUUCCUGAAGACCCAAAACACAAUGGGAAGUAAGGGUUUCCGACAAAUAACUAAGAGCAGUGUGAUUAAAGGAAGAGCAGCUGAGGGAGGCGGCGGUGUUUUUUGCUCUCCCCGCUUUGCCUGUUUGUCUUGUUUUUUACUUUCUGACCGAUUGUAUUUUCUCUAAUCAGAUCUUUGGACAACUCAUAUCGUUGAGAAUGAUGGCGGCUUCGUUGCAAUUUUCUGCUGUGAAAACGCCUCUGUCGCAUUCGCCUCCAAACCAGAGUUCUUUGCACUGCCAAUCGGCAUGGUCAAGUCAGCUUAAUUUUGCUGCAUUUCGGUCUUCAAAUUCUUUCAACUUAUAUAGGAGCCUAAGACGUUGUAAAACUAGAGUCUUUAAAGUUAGUUGCGAAGGAGGAGAUGUGGAUGUGAUUGAGAGGAAAGCAACCUUGGGAGAAGCAGAGAAUCAAUUGACGUGUGUGAUGAAGUUCGGUGGAUCAUCAGUGGCUUCCGCUGAGCGAAUGAGAGAGGUUGCUGACCUUAUACUUAGUUUUCCUACUGAAAGGCCAGUCAUUGUUCUUUCUGCUAUGGGAAAGACAACCAAUAAGCUUUUGCUGGCUGGAGAAAAGGCUAUUAGCUGUGGUGUCACUAAGGUAGAUACUAUUGAAGAGUUGAUCUUUAUAAAAGACCUGCAUCAUAGGACGGCUGACGAGCUUGGAGUGGACAGGUCGGUUGUUGAUGGGCACCUAGAAGAAUUGGAGCAGCUCUUAAAGGGAAUUGCUCUGAUGAAAGAGUUAACAUUAAGGACAAAAGACUAUUUAGUUUCAUUUGGGGAGUGCAUGUCUACGAGGAUUUUUGCAGCAUAUUUGAAUAAAAUUGGUGUUAAGGCCCAUCAGUAUGAUGCCUUCGAAAUUGGUUUCAUUACCACUGAUGACUUCACAAAUGCGGAUAUUCUGGAAGCAACUUACCCAGCUGUUGCAAAAAGGUUAAAUGAUGAUUGGAUCAGUGAUCCUGCUAUCCCAAUUGUCACUGGUUUCCUCGGAAAGGGCUGGAGAUCUUGUGCAAUUACUACUUUAGGUAGGGGUGGUAGUGAUUUGACAGCCACAACCAUCGGAAAAGCAUUGGGGUUGCGAGAAAUUCAGGUAUGGAAAGAUGUUGAUGGCGUUUUGACCUGUGAUCCUAACAUAUAUCCACGUGCAGAACCUGUCCCCUACCUGACAUUUGAAGAGGCAGCCGAACUUGCUUACUUUGGUGCUCAGGUUCUGCAUCCACAAUCCAUGAGACCAGCUAGAGAGGGUGAUAUUCCUGUUAGGGUUAAAAAUUCUUACAAUCGUAAUGCUCCAGGAACUCUCAUCACCAGGAAUAGAGAUAUGAGUAAGGCGGUGCUCACCAGCAUUGUGUUGAAACAGAAUGUCACCAUGUUGGAUAUUGUCAGCACACGCAUGCUUGGUCAAUUUGGCUUUCUUGCGAAGGUAUUUUCUAUCUUCGAAGAUUUAGGCAUCUCGGUGGAUGUUGUAGCUACUAGUGAAGUCAGUAUUUCAUUGACUUUGGAUCCAUCAAAACUUUGGAGCAGAGAGUUAAUUAAACAGGAACUUGACCAUGUUGUAGAAGAACUUGAGAAAAUUGCUGUUGUCAAUCUGCUUCAACACAGAUCUAUCAUUUCUCUCAUUGGGAAUGUCCAGAGAUCCUCACUUACACUGGAGAAGGCAUUUCGCGUUCUUAGGACCAACGGAGUCAAUGUUCAAAUGAUCUCUCAGGGUGCAUCUAAGGUUAAUAUAUCAUUGAUUGUACAUGACAAAGAAGCCGAACAGUGUGUCAGGGCUCUUCAUUCAGCAUUCUUUGAAAGUGAUCUCCCCGAAUUAGAUCAAUGUGAUUCUGCCAACUGAUGACAAGUUUACUAUAUGCUCAAUUCGAAUUCAUUUGAUUUAAUGAGCUUAGGAGUCUUAUGCUUCCCUCACGGAUCUUGCUAGGUAAAGAUGUACCAAUUUAGGAUAUCUAAUUGGUAUGAUGUAACACUAUAAAUGUAGUACGUAAUGGAUGAUUUUACUAUUUGCCAAAUACUUCUUGAUUUGUAAGGGCUUUGCCCUCCUAUGAACCAAAAAGAAAAAAAAAAAAUACUGCUUGAUUUUCUAUAUGAAUUUAAUGAAAAAAAUUGCCGUAUAUUCCAUCUCAAUUCUCUCAAGACAAGAUUUGUAGAGUUCCAGAAUUUUCAUAACCUGUGCAGGGAAUUAAAGGACCUGCUUCUCCGGAGACUAGUUCUGGAUGGUUUCCCAACAAAACUCAAAAUAGAAGGAAAAACUUGACAAAUUAACUGCAUGGUUUUAUGAGCUUAAGAGAUUCAUAAGCCACGGACCCACCCAACAGCCUUAAUUGGCUUAAGGCUCUUUUACUGGGCAAUUUUUUUGGUUCAGUGUUUAUGGGUGUCUUAAACUGGGCCAAUUUACCAAAAUGGGCAAAGUUGUUACUUAAGACAAACAUGGCAGUCACCGACUCAACA